UGCCUGGCGCCUCCGCCACAAAUACUCCAGCUCUUCCACGUGCAUUUCUGUAGCGCGAGUGAGCUGCGGCUGUUUGCUGCGAAGUGCAGUGGCUGCAUGGAGAAGAUCGCCCCCACGGAGUUUGUGAUGAGAGCCCUGGAAUGCGUCUACCACUUAAGCUGCUUCUGUUGCUGCGUGUGUGAGCGGCAGCUGCGGAAAGGGGACGAGUUUGUUCUGAAGGAAGGACAGUUGCUCUGCAAAAGUGACUAUGAAAAGGAGAAGGACUUGCUGAGCUCCGUCAGCCCCGACGACUCUGACUCAGUUAAAAGUGACGACGAGGAUGGAGAUGUUAAACCAACCAAAGGACAAGCAAGCCAAGGAAAAGGAAGCGAUGAUGGGAAAGACCCAAGAAGACCCAAACGGCCAAGGACAAUACUUACAACACAGCAGAGAAGAGCAUUCAAAGCAUCCUUUGAAGUGUCCUCAAAGCCUUGCAGAAAGGUCAGAGAAACGCUAGCAGCUGAAACAGGACUCAGCGUACGAGUUGUCCAGGUCUGGUUCCAGAACCAAAGAGCAAAGAUGAAGAAACUGGCACGAAGGCAUCAGCAGCAGCAGGAGCAGCAGAACUCUCAGCGCCUAGGACAAGAAGUCCUGUCCAACCGGAUGGAAGGGAUGAUGACCCCUUACACACCACUGGCCCCGCCACAGCAACAGAUUGUAGCAAUGGAUCAGAGCAGUUACGGCACGGACCCCUUCCAGCAAGGUCUCACCCCUCCGCAGAUGCCAGGCGACCACAUGAACCCCUAUGGAAACGACUCCAUUUUCCACGAUAUCGACAGUGAUACCUCUUUGACUAGCUUGAGCGACUGUUUCCUUGCCUCCUCAGAAGUUAACUCCAUGCAGGCUAGAGUAGGAAACCCCAUUGACAGGCUGUACUCUAUGCAGAGCUCAUAUUUCGCCUCAUGAAAAUAAUACUAAUAAACCAACACAGAUAGCUGGCGUGUCUUUAGGAAGUGACGUUUUGCAGAGCAGACUCUACAGCCAUAUGUUCCCCGUGAUCCCUGCUGCCUCUGGACUGCCAAGAGCAUUUUCAAGAGGACCAUAUAUUAAAUCAAUCAGCCAACCUACCAACCACCCCUUCCCACACGCUCACACACACAGCCUCGAUGAUCCAGCGUAGCCCAGGCCAGGAGCAAAGCCUGGAAAGGAUGGAAGCCCCAGCUGUCCAGCAGCCCUUGGUUUGGUUGGCGCACCGCACUGGAAGGGGAGCGACUGCGUGGAAAGCUAGACCGUUGGCCUCCUUCUUUCGUCCUUUCGUUUGGAGAUUUAAACUUUUUUUAAAGCCACUGAUACUGACAUCAGUCGACCAUAUGACGAAUAAAUCAAAGAAACUGGAGACUCCUCCCCUCUCCUACUGCAUGACUCAUGCUAUGUUGUGGACAAAUUGCCAUUUGAACUGUGAGAAGUUAAUGUAAAUGUGACGUUCAACAUUUGUUUCCUUUCUACACUUUUUCUACAUCCCCCUCGAUCUGCUCCUUAGUUUAUAGCCCUUGUCCGUAGGAGACUUAGAAAAACUGGUUAACAAUACGCCUUGUGGAGACGCCAGUGAUUUCAUAACUGAGAAAGGUCUGUGACCCUGGAGAGAAGCUGCAUGUUAGGGACAGAUGCAUUUAGAUGAGUAUUAAUCUUGAAUAAUUAAACGAAAGGUGCUUACACGACACAAAGCUUUAUUUAAUUUGUAACGUGUGAGAAUAAAGCAUUUCCUUUGAUUUGUAAGUAACUGAACACCAACUUUCAAGCCCAGGCGGUGAUUGGCAGCCAUGUGGUGUUCAUUCUCUUCUGUUUAUUUCGGUUUGGCAUGAGACAUAAAUGUGCUACACUCCAUUGUCCAUCUGGAAUAAUUAAGGCCCCCGUUAGUUAAUUUGCUCCCCUUCCCAAGGAAAGCGCCAGAUCUCAGAUCCUAGCUCAGGCCAUGAGAAGUCUCUGGAAAUGAGACAAAGGACACACCGAGCACGGGGGAAGGCUCUGCCCAGGUCUGAUCUCGCUUAGGCAAGUCCCUGCUGUGACAGGGUAGCCUCCAGGCCUCCGCUAGUGGAAACGCAAGGAAAUGCAGAGACACAGAGGAUGGUCUCAACAGCCCUGGCUGACGUUUGAGCAGCCAUUGUAGAUUGUAGUCGGGCAUAACACCUGAUAAUAGCGUUGUUGUGAUAGCUGUUGCCUGGAAACAUUACUGAUCAGGUGGAGAGGCAGACACAUAAGGGCGUUUCUCAUAAUGAAGAAGACUUAGUGAGGAACAACUGGGCAAAGCAGUCGGAGUAAUGAUGGGGUGUUCUCCCAAAGAGUAAGGACCUGGUGAGGAGGGAGAGUUUAGGUAAGUCAGGCCCAUUCCUCAAUAGAUGUGUUGCAAAGGCUGACCAGGCCGACCUACACCAAGUUCAGUGUGCUGGUUAAUUUGCCUCCUUGUGUGUGGCACAUGGUGCAGGCCAAGAGCAAAGCCUGGGAAGGAUGGACCACCCAGCUCUCCGGAAGCCCCUGGUUUGAUUGGAGCGCUGCACUGGGAAGGAAACGACUGCGUGGAAAGCUAGACCGUUGGCCUCUCUCCUUCACAGUGCGCUAUGCAAAAAUGCAUGGGCAGGCGGAGGUGUCUUGCACGUGGCCGCAAGGCCCUGCGUGCUGCUUUGAUGGUCCAUAGCCACAAAGGACAGACUCAGCGGUCGAGUUACAUGGGGCAGCGUGUUGCGGGUUCCUGCUGGAGAUGGGUCCUGGCUGCUGUGGCAGUCGGCCCCGUUCUGAAUCAGCAAGGGCUCCUUUCUGCAGGGCAAGAAAGAACCGAGUCAGCCAACGUUGCACCUGUGCUGCUCUGUGGCAAGUGGCCUGCCGCCCGUGAGCCAAGAGAGCGCCGGCGCAUCUUACCUCGCAGGUGAUCGACUCUGCCCGUGGCACUGAACAGGCGGCAAACAGCCACAGACCACCAAAGGGUGGCAGAGUAAACCAGCCACUCCUUUCCCAACGGAGUCCCUCCCCCCCCCCCCCCCGGGGCACUCAAGCAGUGGCUUCUGAGCGUGUUCCUCUCAUGCAGGUGAGAUGGCGCACCUGAGGGCUCUGCUGGCCCCAGCACAGCGUCCCAACCCCCACAGAGCCCUGCUGUUCUGGGCUAACAAGCUCAAGCCAUCCCCUUGCUGCUGCGUGUGGCUCUCCUACCUCCAAGAGAACGUAGUCCCAAUUGCAGCCUGAUGUCUCCCAGCAGUCGUGGGUCAGUCCCAGCUGCUCGCAUUCGCCAGGACCUGUCUUCUCCCCGGGAGCCCACUGGCCAUCUCCUGGCGAUUGGGAGGAAAAGGCUUUGCUGCUUUUCUUCUCACCCAGACACGACCAGCUUUCCCCUGAUGCUUUACCAAAAACCCCUCCUCACAGCUGCUGGUGUCUGCAAAGAACUCGAUGACCGUCUCCGUGGGCUGCAUUAGGAGCGCAUGUCUCACGUGGCACAUUGGAGCCAUUUGUAACUACCCCUUCACAGCAGUAAUCCAACCCCAGCACACACCUAGGGCAGAGCUGUCCUCUCACGCUCCUCCCUCUGCUGCGUAUGGACUGUACCCAGCCACAUGAGCUCCAGCCAGGCCGCGUGAGGCCAGUGCCCAAUCAGUCGGUGAGAGCUGCGAGAUGGCUGAGUCAAGCGAGAGCCCUGCUCCCAGUCUACCUCUCGGGCCGGCUGAUGGCAGAGGAAAUCCACUGCCCAGACAGGAAUCAGCACUGGAGGGCCAGUGACCUUGCAUGGCACCAGCGCAGCGCUGCAUGGGCAGCAGUGCGGGUCUGACGCCGCUCUCAGCUGUGCCUGUGGGUGCCGUGUGCCCCCCACGUUCUGCUCUGACUGGGACCAGGUGCAUUGUACACGCACUCUUGGCUGCCGUGACGCACUAUGUUCCCAGUCUCGGGGGAGCCGGGCUAGGCUGUAACUUUAAAAGCAGCCGGCAGUCCUGGGACACCAUGGAGACUAACGAAGGGGCAGGAUCAUCAGCAUUCGUGGGUUUUACAUUGGUGAGUGUCUAAGGUGCCACAGGACUGCUCGUUGUAUUCCCAGGGCCAGCCAAGGGGGGUGCACAACCAGACACAUGGCCAGUCACUUUGCACAGGCCAGUGAUAUCUGGCAAAGGCCAAAGUUCAUUAAAACAAAAUAAAUGUCACUCUUAUUUGUAGUACGAAUUCUCCCACAGGAGUGUGAUCAUGGUGGUUUUAACCUGGGACCUGCAGUAAAAUAUUAUAAAGCAACCUCUGACCUUUUUGAUUUCUGGUUUACUCUUGUAUUGUCAAGGGAAAUGUCACUGAUCAGGUGAAGGUAAAAUGUGUAAUGGGCCAUACAGCAGUAAUAUCUUACACCGAGUCACACUGAUAAAUUCCUGCCAAAGCCUCUUAGCAUCUGGCACUUUCAUGGAAACCACAAAUUGUGAUUGUACAUAUGGGAGUUUGAAGGGUAGAGGUCAUGACAGCAGUUUAUUACAUGUACCUUACAGUGAUCAUUCUCUCUAGCAAAUUAACCUCUCUCUAGCAUGAAUACAUCCAGUGAGCUCUUCUCAGCAUUUCAAUCAUGCUGGUUUAGCUAAAGGAGGAAUACGCGUUAGGCUAAAGCAGGGACAAGAUGCAAUUAACGAAAAGAAGAUUGAUUAGGUUUGUGUUCAUUCAAUAAUAGUUAAUGAAAGGUUAUCAUAACAGGAACAUGCUAAAUGAUACAGUUGUAUUGUGGGCCCCAAAGAUUUCCCUUCCAUCAGAUGUGAUAACUGAUGGAUGUGGUAGUUAGCCCCGGGCCACACACACCAGCACAUGCUUUUAACCUACUAACUAACCAGCAUGUUUCCAUUCUGUAGCAUCACUGCCAAUGGAAGAUUCCCACAAUGUGCAUCUCAUCUCAGGCCUAGGCUGUUGCCAGUCUCGUGAUGACACAGGGGUGGCCUUACUUUCCAAGCAAUUGGCUUUAUGAUCUGAAAUGUAUUUCAUGUCCAUCAAGUGGGAGAAAAAUUAUGUUGCCGUCAUAGUUAUGUUCUAAUAUAAUUCCAGUCCUGAUUAUAAUGCUUGGUUUCCGUCUCCAGGGUGGAACAUGUCCCACAAAUCUUGGGGUUUUCUCUCCUCUCUCAACAAAUGUGUCGGCAUUGUCAAGCCCAAGUGCUUCUAAGCAUGCACAAGGCGUGAGCUGCAGCAUGCUCUCGGGGCCCAGACUGUGCUUCGCUCGCUGGGUGCGUAGUGCAAAUAUUGCCAGCCCCAUGAGCGGGUUCCUUGAGACGGCCAGUGCCUACCCAUCAGCAGCACCGUGGCCUCUCUGCCAUGCAGUCGCUGGGUAUUAAGGCGCCUUCAGCCUCGUAGAGUGGUUGAUGUAAUUCCACUUCCCUUGACCUCCCGAAGGAGGAUCUCCUGUCACCUUUCCUACUGAUCAGUGAUCUUCCAAGCCACACCCCUCAUCCUGCCCGGAACAUCACACUCCCUGCUCCUACUGGACAGGUGGUCUGUUCCAUGGGGACGUCAUGCUAACUCCGUCGGAUGCCACUGCAGGGUCACCACAAGGGCUGGUCCCAAGAGCCGGAGGGAAGCGUGUGCACACGAGAAUGGCGGCGGAGCCAGUUCCAGGUACACGCUGGUCCCGAGCUCCUGUGUGCUUAAUUCCUCCAGCACCUGGAGUCGCUGAGCAGGGUGGGACUGAGCAGCUGGCAUUGUGUGUCUGAGUCCCCCAUCCGUGUUCCCUACUCUCCUUGCACAGCGCCGCUGCGUGGCCCCGAGUGCACGAAUAGCACGGCCACGGCAGAGCUCGUUAAGCACACAUUAAGGCCCACUGCUCAGCAAGGCACUGAAAACCCCGCUUGCCUGUGAGCUAGGUCUGAAAGCUUCUUGGCUUCGGUUGAACUCACACGCAAGUGCACUGGGAUGACUCCUGGGCUGAGCGUGGCCUCCCUGAACACCCGGGUGACUCCUGAGGCCGAGACAGGCUCAGAGCUGGAGUCGCUGCUGCGGCCGCUGCACAACGUUGUUUCGUUUAGCAGUGACUGGAAGGACCCCCAGCUCUGUGGCAGUGGGAGCUCCGCUUCCACGUGGGCCCCCUUUUCUAGCUGUGUAUGGCUGUAUCACUUGUAUAUUUAUAUAUUCUGUAUUUAUGUUACCAACACGUAGUAUUUUGUAGCUGUCUGUUACAAUUUGUUUAACUUGUACAAACUAUGACACUGCGCUUGCAUAUUAACCACCGGCCGUCCAGGGUAGCUCCUGGCCCCUCGCCCUCUGUGUUGGUAAACAGCCGCCAUACUGUGUCGAGAGCGGAUUUUUUAUUUAAUUACUUGUCAUUGUUAAAUUAUUUAUUAGUGGUUUUGGUUUUGUUUUUUUCCUGUCACUGCAUUUUUUUUCCUGCCGCUGUCACCUGGCAGCUAAGGUCUGUGAGAUCCUCAUGCAUUGUGUUUCUGCCCACGGGGGAAAAGAGAUGACACUUCAGUAUAUUUGUAAAUAAAAGCAACCUGCAAACAAACGGGCGCUCUCCUCAGGGGC